AUGGGAACAUCUUACCUGACAGAAGUUCAGCCACCUGUGACGAAUUUGAGUGUCUCUGUCGAAAACCUCUGCACAAUAAUAUGGACAUGGAGUCCUCCGGAGGGAGCCAGCCCAAAUUGUAGUCUCAGAUAUUUUAGUCAUUUUGAUGACCAACAGGAUAAGAAAAUUGCUCCAGAAACUCGUCGUGAAAAAGAGGUACCCCUAAAUGAGAAGAUCUGUCUGCAAGUGGGGUCCCAGUGCAGUGCCAAUGAAAGUGAGAAGCCUAGUCCUUUGGUGAAAAAGUGCAUCUCCCCCCCUGAAGGUGACCCCGAGUCUGCUGUGAGGGAGCUCCAGUGCAUUUGGCACAACCUGAGAUAUAUGAAGUGUUCCUGGCUCCCUGGAAGGAAUACAAGCCCUGACACAAACUAUACUCUUUACUAUUGGUACAGCAGUCUAGGAAAAAUUCUUCAAUGUGAAAACAUCUAUAGAGAAGGUCAACACAUUGGCUGUUCCUUUAAACUGACUAAAGUGGAUUCUACUUUUGAACAGCACAACAUUCAAAUAAUGGUCAAGGAUAAUGCUGGGAAAAUUAGGCCAUCCUUCAAAAUAGUGUCUUUAACUUCCUGUGUGAAACCUGGUCCUCCACAUAUUAAACAUCUUUUCUUCAAAAAUGGUGCCUUAUAUGUGCAGUGGAAGAAUCCACAGAAUUUCAGUAGGAGAUGCUUGUCUUAUGAAGUGGAAGUCAAUAGCACUCAAAUGGAACCACAGAAACCUUUCUAUGUUGAAGAGGACAAAUGCCAAAAUUCUGAAUCUGAUACAAGCAAGGAGGAUGGAAGUUGUUUCAUAUUCCCUGGUGUUCUUCCUGAUACUGUCUAUACAGUCAGAGUAAGAGUCAAAACCAAUAAGUUAUGCUUUGAUGACAACCACCUGUGGAGUAACUGGAGCGAAGCCCUGACUAUAGGUAAGGAACCGAACUCCACAAUCUACAUCACCGUGUUACUCAUCAUUCCGGUCAUUGUUGCAGGUGCAGUCAUAGUCCUUCUUCUCUACCUGAAAAGGCUCAAGAUCAUUAUAUUUCCUCCAAUUCCUGAUCCUGGCAAGAUUUUUAAAGAAAUGUUUGGGGACCAGAAUGACGAUACCAUGCACUGGAAGAAGUAUGACAUCUAUGAGAAACAAUCCAAAGAAGAAACGGAUUCUGUAGUGCUGAUAGAAAACCUGAAGAAAGCGUCUCAGUGAUGGGGAGAAUUGGUUUCUUUUUUCCUUCAAUGCGAGCCUGUGAAAUUUGAUUGCCUUCUCCAUUUGUUACCCGGGGACUUGUUCAAUAGAAACUGAAACGACUGGACUCUUGAAAAGUGGGCAGCUCCUACGAGCUGCAUGUCUUCAUGUGGAUCCUGCACCCAAAAACCCUAAACUAAUGGAGCUCUUCAAAAAGAAAGCGGAGUUCUUCUCGUUCUUGUUGAAUCUUAAAAGCAGACAUACUUUACCAAGUCUCCAAAGUAGAGGACAAAGAAAAGGGGACAAUAACCAUCAAUUCAUCUUAUCCGGAGUUGUAACGGCUUCCUAAGGAAUCUCACUUGCUCUGUAUUCUUUGUGUGGAAUAACAUCAAAACAUUUUGCUUAUGAGGAAACUCAUUUGGGGUGUGUACACUAAGGCUGUACUUGACUCCCACAGAGCAUCUAGCAAACAGAACUGAUACAAUCUGCCGUCUAUUGUUUGGGAGCCCACUGAGUGAUAUUUGUGGCUAUUAAAAUGUGGUGUCAUUAUCCACUUCAAUAGCAUUUUCCUCUGUUUUGAAAUUCCCAGAAAUUAUCUUGGCCGUGGUGAUGACACAUACAGAAAAAGCAGAAGCAAUUUCACCAAGACUGUUUUAUGUCAUUGUAGUGUUUUUAUAGGACAGUGGAGGCAGAAUGACCUAGUAUUAGAGUUGGAACCAGGAAGUCUCUAAUGAUAUAUGUGCCUCUUUUCAUUUAUGCUACCCAAAUCAAGUAUUGACUCUGUAUCUAGCUUUUGCUAAGCUCUCAAGUGUGAGGGAUGGGACUCCUAUCCCUGGGCUUACAAAUAUUGGGGACUCCUUAUUUCUUAGCACUUUCUUUAUCUCCAGAUAGCCAUUUCACAAGCUUUAGAAUCUGCCAUCUCCUAUGCUUCUUCCCCGCUGUGCCUACGCCUCCAUCCUCUUUCUUACAGCCUUUUGACUUUCAGAGGAAUUGAGGAUACAAAUUUGCUUAGACUACCUAGUGGAACAGGGAAUACAUUGCAUCUCAGGUAAAAGAUAAGCAGACUGAACAACAAUGACUAAUCCAUACAUACUUUGCAGCUUCCCUGUGAGUCCACAAUUAUUUGAGGUUUUUGAGCAAUUGAUGUUUCUGUGUAUUUUCUCAAUAGAGAUGAUGUCUUUUCUUCACUUAGAAUUUAGCUCUAUUUGCUUGAGUGGGAAAGAAGAUUUGUAUCUGUUUCUCUUUGUUGGUAAGAUAGGCCUUAGGAUGGCUGUUUUCCGUGCUGUAAAUGGUCCUGUCAACUCUGUGUUUCAUUGAGAGGGAAUGAAGAGGGCCUCCAACUAUGCACUCACUUUUUUCAUAUGUUAGGUUUCCAUUCUGUUCCAUUUCCACAAUGUAUGCAUGUGUGUAUUGUAUAUUCUCCCUAUUUCGACUAUUUCCUAAUAAUUUAAAACAAUGUGAGGUACUCUCUGUAUCUUUUUCAUACACACAGAUCACUAGCAAGGACUGAAGAACUUCAUAUCACAAA